AUGAAGUUGUUAAUUUUAAUGAUCGCCAUCUCCUGGUCUAGCGCUGCCAAGCUGGAUAAAACCUAUUUGCCACCAAGGACAGCUCAAAGCGCCGGUGGAUCAGGAAACUUCCUGAGAACUCCUCACUCUGGUCACUCUGUGCCCGAAUACCAAGAAAACAACGGUUUCUCCCAAGCGGAUAACGGUUUUCCUGACACUGAUAACGGUUUUGCCCAUGGGGGAAAUGGUUACAAUAACGGAAACAGUUUCGAGGGUCGUCCUGAACGUGCCCAAGCUGCUUAUGAAAGGAACGCAGCUAUAGUGCGCCAGAACAAUGAGAACGAUGGGGAGACUUAUCAUUAUGCUUAUGAAACUGAAAACGGUAUUUCUGCUGAAGAAAGGGGCGUGGCCACCAAUGGCGUUGAGGCUCAAGGUGGUUAUUCUUACACAGGCGAUGAUGGGCAGGUUUACAGUAUCAGAUACACCGCUGACCAGAACGGAUUCGUGCCUGAAGGUGAUCACCUGCCCACUCCACCUCCUGUACCCAUAGAAAUUCUGAACGCCCUGGAGCAGAACGCACGUGAUGAAGCUGCAGGAAUCUAUGACGAUGGAUCUUAUAAUGAAGCUAAAUAUGGUGGUGGUGCUGACGAAUAUAACAACGGCAACUCAAACAACUACAAUAACAAUGUUUAUAAUAACAUUCCUUUCAAAAACAACGAAUAUCAAGGCGAUGAGGAUUCUGUAGUGACAAACUCUGCAUUAUUCCGUAAUUCACCAAGGCCGGCCUAUAGAGAUCAAGAUUUUAACGGCGCUCCUAACCAGGGAGGUUUUGAUAACGGAAUUUCGAACCAGGGUGGUUUUGAUAACGGAGUAUCUAACCAUGGGGGUUUUAAUAACGGAGUAUCCAGCCAAGGAGGUUUCAAUAAUGGAGUAUCCAACCAAGGAGCGAACAAAGCUUAUUUACCUCCUUCUGCGAACCGAAGAGGGCCAUCACCUUUCAGAAGACGGCAGCAACCGUUCAAUGCUAAGAAUGGAUACGAAUACUAA